AUGGCAACUUAUAAGAAUGAGGCAAGCAUGAAAGAAGAAGAUAUAGAUGUCCCGGAUAGUGUCAUAACAGGUUCUAAUGCACCUAGUUUUUGCUUGUUGGAUAUCCAGGAUUCAAUCUGUACAUUAUAUAUUUACCUUUAUAUAGACGGUGAUGUGAGAGUGGAUAAAGUAGUCUUCCAAAAGGACAUGGAAUCCGAAGAGUGCAACGACUAA